AGAGCUCGUGCUGGGAGGGGGCCGAACAGUCAAGCCAUCGGGGCUGCUCCAAAUUUGAACGUAGACGUUUUAAACGUAUUUUACUUAAUUAUUAACUAAUUAGAAGGCGAUUAGAAAGCCAUGAGUGUUAGUGAGGUUCGUUAAACCCGUCCAACAUUGAAGUAAAGUUUGACGACGUCGAGAAAACACCUUCGGGGUUUAUAACGCCAUUUUUUCACCUCGGGGAAAUUAUCUUCUCGUAGACAAUUAUUCGUUGUUGAUGGUGAAGUGACAAUAACUUCAAGAAUACCGAUUAAUCGAAUUCUGAUCGGGGGACGUGUUUUAUUUUUUAUUCCAAGUAAUUGUAUUAAGAAAAGUCUCGGCCGGAAUUAUUGAUUGGUUUGUACGAUCUACAACCUACUAUUACGGAGCCGUUGAUAAAAUUAGGCUAAAAUGCAGCGAAUCCGGAUCAACGUAAAGCACCAGAAAUGUUUUGGAAGAAUUUUUAAAAAUAGGUGAUCAUGUAUGUAUAUAGAGAGACAACCCAGCGCUGAUCUGGUAUGCAGUGGCGGAAAUUGGCGCGCUCGAAGAUCACAUCCGGUCGGUCACGUACGCGCAACAUGCUCUGCUGUGGCCGCAGAAAGGAUAAUGGGCGAGAGGCUUUGGAUCUCACAGCAUCUCCACUGCGAGCACCAGCGGCGGCGCCUAAUUCUAGAACGACACACCCUCCGCCUAUGGUUAUACAGGGUGAUUUCAGAAAGGUGUCGGGUAUUAGCAGUGAAAUUUUUAAGCAGAUAGAAACUGUAGAAAAUGAUCAUGAUGCUUCGACGGCUGCUGCUUUGGAUCACGUGGAAAGACGCGGUGAGAUGAUAGUUCGCAUCUUGGAAGCACGUCACCUUAGCAGAACAGCCAACGAUGCCGUGAAACGGUUUACGGCCAUGCAGGAUGCUAAACACACGGUCCAGUUUGUGGAGAUAGUGAAGAGGCCCGGUCAAACGCUGGGAUUAUAUAUCAGAGAAGGUAACGGAAUUGAUAGAAGCGAUGGAGUUUUCAUAUCGAGGAUAGCUUUGGAAUCGGCAGUGUAUAACAGUGGAUGUUUGAAGGUUGGAGACGAAAUUUUAGCCGUAAAUUUGGUCGACGUGACGAGGAUGAGUUUAGACGACGUCGUCAUAAUAAUGUCAAUACCAAGACGACUGGUUUUAGCAACGAGACAACGAAAAGCAAGCAAAGGGGGACAGAGUUCGCCGAAUGUUCAGCCCCGAGUGGAGCACAAACCCCCUCCCGUAGUCGUUAUUAAAAGAGAAUUGAGAGACGACGAGACUGAUGACGGGGAUCUCGAUCACAGAGAUUCUAUUCGUCAGAGGCACACGGGCGACGGUAGAGAAAUGUCAGAAUCGAGAUCCAGAUUGGGAUUGGGUCUUUCGUCGUUAGAUUCGCGACAUUCGACGCAACAGUCGGUAGAUUCAAACGGUUUGGAUUUGUUUUAUAACAGCCGACCGCCCGACGCUAAUUGGGGCUAUCAACCACCUCCUCCUGUCAUUACUGAACAACCUAAAUCGAAUAUGCAACAUUUUCAACCGUACGAAAGGAGUUAUCCUAAUACGCUGGAGAGUCUUGCAGAAAAAGUACACUCGUUCGGUAUGAGCAGAAGAAUGUCGGCGGGAGGACAACCUAUCGGCACAAGGAUAUCUUCUCAACAAAGUCCUUCCUCGCACUAUUACGUGCAACAUUCUGGUACGGGAUCUCGACGUAUCAUGCCAAGAUCAGGUUCCGAUCAACAUCUACCGCAAACGGAGUACUCAGACUACACAAGCAUCACUCCGGCCGGAAGACAUAGUCUGCUAAGAAGCAGCCUUAAAUCAGGAUCAACGCUAAGCAGGUAUAAUCAACGUUUUGUCGACCAAGCAGCCGUCGCAGCUCAAAUCGCCCAAUCGAAAUACGGUACUACCGGGUCUCAAUAUGCAGCAACUGGUACUAUGCGUAGAACCCGAGGUAGUCUGGAUUAUUCCAGUGAUACGGAAGCUACUUCGGGAUCUAGAGCUGGAUAUUAUUAUUACAAUCGUAAUCAGGGAGCUGCAGGAGGUAUCCCGCAUAGUACAAUUCCAACAUUGGGACGUCAAAAUUCUCUAACAUCUCAAGAUAUUACCACUAAAUUUAAUUCUUUACCUCGAGACACCAGGGCGGCAACAAGAUUGGCAAUGAAUAAAAGAUUCGGUGAUAGAAGCGUGUCGCUUAUUCAAGACGAAGCUGACGGGGCACUUUCAGCACCCGAAAUGCCUUCCUCCAUACGAAGAGAUAGAGGAGGGAUACAGUCAACUAGUGUAUUCUCUUCAGAUGAGUACAGGCAAUGGUUGAGUCGAACGCCAUCAACUUCCGCCAUCUAUGAGCAAAUAAGAGCUUCUAGAGAUGUUUUGAAUCAACAACGAGCUGCCAGAUUCACAUAUAGCGCUGAAAAUAUACAUGACGCUUUGAAAAAUAUGGAAAGCGGUUUGUACAGUGGAUACGGUCGUCCGGGAGCAACUGCAACACUUGAUCGACAUUUUAAUAGAUCCCAAACAUCUAAUAUACCAGCGAGGUCUUUAUCAAUCCAACAUAUCACGUCAACACCAGCUCUUAGUAAUACGAGAUCUCCUUCGAUGCGUCGUAUGAGACAACUUCUCGACCUAGAUUCCGUAAGAACUGGAGCUCCCAGUCCGGUGCCGACACCUAGUGGUACACUUCCUCGAGGUCAAAGACAACUUGACAUCAACCCUGCUGAAUUUUUAAAAUAUAAAAUCGAUAAGCCGACGGGAAUGGUCGGAGGGACCUCAAUAACAGGUCUAUCUCAACUAGCAGCAGGAUCUGUAGGUUUAGCUUCCGACGAGCCCAUCAGCGGUAUGCUUUGGGUCCAUUUGCUUGCAGGAAGAGGAUUACGUCCUUCUACGGGUACUUCAACGGCAACUACUCCUGUUACACCUAGUGGAGGUGCACCAACAGCUAUCACAGGACCAACAGCUAUACGAGAUCUAUACUGUGUUUUGGAAUGCGAUCGUGUACAUAAAGCUAGAACAGUGGUACGAACUGGAGAUUUAGUUUUCGACUGGGACGAAAGUUUCGAGCUCGAUUUAGUUAAUAAUAGGGAAUUGGAUUUGUUGAUUUAUUCUUGGGAUCCUCAAUACAGGCACAAAUUGUGCUAUAAGGGUUCCGUUUAUUUGCCCACUCUGCUCAAGUCCGGUCCUAUACACCAAUUAGCACUUAAAAUUGAACCGAGAGGCACAUUAUAUUUGAGACUGAGACAUACCGAUUCCCAGACUUUGUAUCGUAGAAGAUCUCUUUCAACGUUACCUCUAUCUAGAACGACGCCGCUUUUUGGUGUUGAUUUAGAAACUGUGGUAAAUCGAGAAAGUAAGACUGGUGGUGUACCCGGAGGAGUAGCCACGGGUUUAGUAUCCAGUAGUCAACACAACAUUCCUAUUAUAAUAAAAAGAUGUGUUGAAGAAGUAGAAAGAAGAGGGUUGGAUAUAAUUGGUCUGUACCGAUUGUGCGGUUCUGCUACCAAAAAACGUAUCCUCCGAGAGGCAUUCGAAAGAAAUAGCAGAUCCGUGGAUUUGAGCCCGGAUAACGUUCCGGACAUUAACGUCAUCACAGGCGUACUCAAAGACUAUCUCAGAGAAUUGCCAGAGCCUCUAUUCACCAAAUGCCUCUACCAAAUGAUGGUAGACGCCCUAAGCGUUUGCUUACCCGACGAUCCCGAGGGUAACGCUAAACUUAUGUUCUCCAUAUUGGAUUGUUUACCUAGAAUUAAUAGGGCCACGUUAAUAUUUUUAAUGGAUCAUCUCGCUUUAGUCGUAUCGUCUUCGGAUCGUAACAAGAUGUCUGCCCAAAAUUUAGCGACCGCCCUAGCUCCCCCGUUAAUAUUACAAACUAGCGAUUCCGUUACCCCAACGACAACCGCCAAACCCCACGAAAUCGACUACCAACAACCGAUAAGCGUGUUGAAAUAUCUUCUGCAAAUUUGGCCUACACCCAAACACCAUCACUCAGGUCGGCGCGGCAGGCCAUCCGGGCCGCGUGGAGACAAUCGCAGUGCGUGUCCUCCUCAGGGAGCGGCGGUAGCGGCUCUACAAUCAUCGGCGGGGGCACGAGAGCCGUCUCGGCUCUCAGCGGCUCCGUUUCCUCCUCCUCCUCGCUCAGCAGUCUCGGGCCCGCGAGGCCCACAGCCACAGGUCCCAUUACACCAGAUACUAGGCCCAUCAUCAGCAAGCAAAGGUCCUUACCGUCCACUAUCUCCUCGGGUAGGACCUCAAGCCACUACCUCGGCAGGAGCGCUUCGACCGCGGCAAGUGAUAGUCUCUUCGCCAGGAUCUCCAAGCAGCAGUAGUGACUCACAAUCGGGAUCAGAAUCAGUUAAACACUGCCUGCCCAGCCGCGUCAGUUCUCCCGUCAUCCGCGCAUCUCCCUCAUCUCAAACAAAUUUACGAUCGUCUCCGUCGGUAACUAUCAGUUCACCGGGUUUGAGACAUUCUCCUUCGAUUACAAGCUCCGUAUCCGGAGCGUCUCCGGGUCCUAGAAAUUCUCCCUCUAUUUCGAGUUUGAGUAGAGUUUCGCCUUCUGUUUUGAAUCAGGUGUCGAGAUCCAGUUCGCCGGCUAUGCAAGCGAGUUCAGCGGGACUUAACGUCACGUUAGGGACGACGACUCCUUCAUUCACUUCUACUUAUACUAACCUACCCAUAACAGUUACUUCUACUGGAGGUUACGGUUGGAAUUAUUCUCAGUCUUCUACUUAUACUCAACCGACGACUUACGCUAGUACCAAUCCAUUUUUAACGGGAUCUUAUAUGAGUUACACUCCCGGAGAUUCUUCUUUUACUGAAAAAUUCAAUACUAUCGGUCCUUCGAAAGAAGUUAAAUCGUUUUUUGAUUCCUAUACCAGCGAUGUCAAUAAAUAUUCGACAUUGAAUACGAAAAGCUCUUACGAUUCCGAUUAUUUAUAUUCCUCCGAUAAAACUAACGGUAUAAGCAGUCGUUUUUUGGAUAAAAAUUAUUUAAAUACUACAUAUUCGAACGAAAUGAAUAAAUACAGUGCGGGUAAGAACGUAACGUAUGACACGAGCCCAAGUCCAAACGUAACACAGUCCAGUAGCUCAACUUCCGGGUUAUUAAACGUCGAAGAAACCCCAACGCCUACCAGUAGUAUAGAAACCGAAGACAGUAAUACUAGGGAAGUGGGAGAAAAAGACGUAGAAGGAGAUGGAGAACAGAGUGACUGAAACAACGCGGCGAGGGCCCAAUCAUUAUUUACUUAUGGCAGCACAAAUAAGUAUUAGAUUUAAGAUUUCCAACAUAGAAAAUCAUUCAUCUUCGUUGUAUGUAACCAUUAUACUGUCUUCAUCAAUAUGAAAAAAAUUAUUAUUUAUAUACGAUGUUAUUCAAUUUGAGUCGAUAGAUUAUCACUUUAAUAUUUGAAUUUAAAAAAACUUGUUUUAUCCAAAAAUAAAUUUUUUUAUAUAGAGAAAAGGGGAUUGUGAAGUUUACUUUUGGUAUAACUCAAAAUUAUAGGAGGCUCUAAAUAUUUUAGAUCGACUGUGCAUAACUAAAAACCCCACCCUUUCAAUUUUCAAUCCUUUUUCUCCUGUAUUUUGUUCUACAACUUUUUUAAAUAAUUUAUUUCAUCAUUUCAAGUAUUAUUUCAAUAUAAGUUUGGCAACAUUCGAAAUAUGAUGGAAGUAGACGUUUCGAGGUAAACCGAGACAAGAGGAGCGCCAUAUUUUAUAUAUAAGAUUAUUUUAUUGAAUCGUCACCAACUUCGGCGUUCUUUUACGGAAAUUAUUUUUAAUACAUUCAUAAAGUCAAGUAUUUAGAUUGAAAAUUUUAAUUUAUUUACUAAUUUUUUUGAAGUGAAACUUCUUUUUUACAUUGUCGCAAUAUUUUUCGUUUAUUUAUCGCUUUACAGCUGGACGCGGAGUAGGGAUAAAGUGAUAAGCGCAUGGCAGAACAGCCAAUAUGGCAGCGUUUUUAGCUCGCGUCAGCUGACCGUUCACCGUGUAGCAUAUAUGUAUAUCAAAUUAUAACAGAGAGGCGACGUCAGGUGACGAUUGCCGUUUGACGUUCGUAGCAAAUUCUACAUCCUAUUCAUAAACUUGACGUGGCUACCGUUAACCUAAAAAUUUUGUUAUUCUUUUUGAUGUGUGUACAGGUUCUUAUUUUUGUGAUAUUUUUGAUUUUUUGUUAGUAAUCCUAUAUUUAUAGACGAUAUUAUGAGAAAUAACGAAGAGUUUUUCUUAUUGGGAAAAACGUAAACGAAUGCGUUGUGUCAAUGAAUGGUCUGAAACAUUUCAAGUAAACGCCAACGUCUAGCAUGAAAAUUGUGAUUUUUCAAAACAUUUUUUUAUACUGUACUGUAAAGUCGACUUUACAGUACUAAUUUGAGUCCGGAAAAUUGUAAUUUACGGUAUCCUUGUACUUUACAGUACUCUUAAAUUCUCCCAAUCCCGUUUGAAAUAUUUUUAUUUCCAAAAAUUCAAUAUUUUUUUAAAUAGUAAAAUUGUAAAAUAUGACAUUUUAUAUUUUAAUAUAAUUUUGCUUUUUAUUUAAACCGAAAACAGUACAAAAAACAUAUUACGAUAUACGGCCGUGAUUAGAUAUUAUUAACUCUGCUCCUUCGUGGCCUCGUCCAUAAACAUCUAUCUCGUACCGUACUAAAUCACUUCCCGGGCUUAUAACGUAAAUAACUAUUAUAACAAUAUUAAAAUAAGCAACACUGUAAAAUAAAGAAAAUGAGAGAACUCUGUAUGGGCCGUACAUCAAGAUAUAAUAUAGGUCUACUUACUGGUGAAAGAAAAUACCUUCAGGUUUGAACUUUUUAACGUUUUUACACUUUUUCAUCUCUCACUACAUCGUUCUCAUUAAUAAAACCGAACACGACGACUACAGUGUUCAAUAACUGACACUUAUAAACUAAAACUACGUUAUAUGUUACCAAAACUACGAAAACACAAGCACGUUGCAUUAGAAAAUAAUAAUUAACACCAAAUUUGCUGUAACAACAAACACAAUAGCAUUGUUGACGUAUAAUCACCAUUUCAACGUAAAGUUAUCAUUCUUAAAUAAUGGUAUUAUUUAUUAUAGCACUAUUUUAUGACAACAAUGUCAAUGUGUUUUAACAUAAUUUUUGUGAGAAUCUGAACAUUUUAACACUUACGCGCCAUAAUUUCAUAACAGACACUUGACAACUCAAACAACUGUCGAUCAAAAUCGAUGCUCCACGGUGUCCAUCGAAAUUAGGAUGCGCAGUCGUCGAGUUUAUUCUCCUUUCUCUAACUCUGAUUUAUAUUAUUAUUUAUUUGUGCAAAAAUUCAGUGGUAUUUGUGUGUUUUGAACUGUUUUGUAUAUUCAUUGUCCUCAUGGUUAACGAUACAACUAGAGAAUUAAAUAAACCAUGCAAGGAAGGAAAAACCAAGAAAAUUGCAAAAAAACUCAUAGAGAGAUAGAAUGUUAAAAAAGUUCCUGUUUAUAGAAAAAGGAAGAAGGCUCUCGGUGAGUUAGUUUCAUUUUUAUAACGAAUCCAAUCGAAUUAUUGAAACUUUCUGUCGGUGGAUAUUUGUCAAUAAGCUGAUUUGUUAGUAUGUGAAGAGCUAGAUAUCCCAAACAAAUAUUACUAUGUAAAAUAAACUGUCACCAGUCGAGUGAAUAAAUCUGUCAUUCAUUUAUAAAAUGUUGACAAAGUAUUUUUUAUAGUAAAACAUUGAGGCCGAAAAAUAGUCUCUAAUACAUAAUUUGUUCACUAUUAAUAAAUUUCUUCAAAGACUAUGAAUUCUUUGUACCAGUGAGUAUUAAUUUUAAUUUAGACUCGAUUCCUAUGAAAAUUAUUUGAAAUAUUUUCAUUUUUGUGGGGUUUAUUCGAUAUAUUUACAUUUUUUGUGUCUACACAUUACAAACGCAAUUUUAAUACCCUAGGUCAAAUAAUUUUCCAUGAUCUUUUCAAUGGAUACAUUCCAAACGAAAAAAAAAUUCAUUUGCAUCGCGGUUCCAUAAAACACAUUUUUUAAUGGCGUUGGUUCAAGCAGCGAACGUAAAUUAUCGUAAUGAAUUUUUUACUAAACGCUACGAGAUGUAAUGUCUGAGAUCAUUAUAAAUAAAAUUCGAUUAUCAAAGUUCCUCUGCAGUAAAAUUUGUCGUUAUAAUGCAAUGCAAAGAGAGCGUAGUCAAUACGUCUAGAUAGAAUAUAUACCAAUGAUGCCAACUUGCAGAUUUUCACUUUAAAUUUAAGGAAAAAAAUUUUAUCAAAAAAAUAUGUAUUAUAGAAAGAUGUACCUAGUGAUGGUUUAAAAAUGAUUCAAAACGUCAAAUAAUUUUUUUCUUCAACUUUUAACUACUUCGAUUUUUUAAUAUUUUUGUCGUGAGGAUUUAUUUUGAUUUUAGAUCUCUUUUCAUAGAAAAUCGGUUUAGAAUAACUGGUAAAAGUUUGAUGUUUCAUCCUUCUUUAUCAAAAAAAUUUAACUUGUUAUUUUUUUCCAUGAAAAUGUUUUCGAAUUUAGGAGGAAAGAAUUCAGACGGCUGGCACCACUGGUGUAAUCUCGCUUAUUACACACGAUCCGAUCGUAUUGUUAAUGAUGUAGUUUAUGUAGUACAGCGUUGCCAUUUUCUUUACGAUAUAAAUACAAUCCUAUAAACAUUUUAAUAACAGCAUUGAAAACAAAUUAUUUAAGUUUAGAUGAAAUAAAUAUCAGAAAAUAAUACGACUUAAAUUGAAUCGAACACGAAUUGUGUAUAUUUGCUUACUAGAAAUCAAAUUAAAACAAUAGAAUCAUUGUUAUCUAAUAUUUAAAUUUAUAUAAUUUUAGUUUAAUAGAUAAAUAAAUAUUUAUAAAAUGAUAGAGUAUUAACUAAAUGGGAUAGAAAAUAUAACUGUUGGGUGUUACACACAACUUAUUUUUUCUGUUGAUUUUUUUUAAAGUGUGAUAUUCAUUAGAUGUUAUUACUAUCCAUAAAAAUACGUUCCAUAUUACCAACAUGCCCAACAAACUCUACAUAUAAACAGGGUAAAAAGGGGUCAUAUAAAUACGAUUAUUUUUUUAUAUUCAGAAUUAAAGUGUUAAUGUUUGUGACGUAUGAUAAUUUUUGUUCGUCGAACGAUUUUUUUAAAUCAAUAAAUACUGAAAACACUACUAAUUGUUUUUGAAUUCAAAAUUUAAUAUUUAGUAACCUUAACAUUAAAUAUAUUAUCUUAUAUGACACCCUUAGUAACUAUUUGCAUUUAUCUAUUAACAAAUCACAAACUAUUUGCCAAAAAUAGCCCGGAAUAGAAAAAAUAUAUAUAUUUUUUGGAAUAACAUGUUGGUUUGAAUUUGGAAUGGAGGUUUUUUGCUUAUUUUUUCAUUAUCGAUGCUAUUUUCGAGGAUAAUUUCAAUUAAAAAGUAAUUACUCCCAGUUGAAAGAGAUUUCAUCAAUAGAUCGUGUUUAAUUGGCAUAAGUACAAUAAAAAUAAUAGAAAACCCAAAAUAAAUUUCGUUGAAAGCAAAGUAUCUAUGCCAACAAAGUCACGUGAUUGUAGCCAUUGCCUUUACCUGCAUUUUUACCACCUCUCCACUUAUAACUAAUUAAAAUGGUACCAACUACGGAAUUCUGCACAUAAUAGUAUUGUUUUUUUUAAAUAAAGCUUCUUCCAAAAUGCCAAUAAUUUUUUGUCGUACAUCUUUAAAUUAAUUAUUUUGUUGUAAUAGUCAAUCUGUUGCAUAGUCACUACCAUUAAAAGCAUUAUUCUAUUUUUUUUCUACGUUCAACGUUGCCAGCUCAUCACAUUCAUAAUAAACGUUUUUGCUACUUGAGUUAUGUGAACAUUUUAAAAUUGUUUUGUAAUUUAUACCUACGGUGAUGUGUGUGAAUAUUUUACUGACAUCUAUACUGGAAGUGUUUUAUUAUUCUGCGGUGAUACAUUCGUACGUCAAUUCUAAUUAGUGUGGCUACACUGAUUAUGACCACAGAAUUCAACGAAUCACGCCAAGCGUUGAUAAGAGCUGUAACCCCCAAUAUAAAUUUUCUUAUCUUAUCUUUAGUAUAAUAGAGUUUUAUUAUAAUUAAUUGUCUCCUCUUUUUUAUGUAUUUAAUACGAAUUUUUCUUCUUUCUAAUGUUGUUUUCAAAAAUUUGUAUUUAUUUGUCGUUUUUUGUUCAGGAAUAUUUAAAUAAUGUUAUAUAUUUAUAUGAUUUUCUCGAUUUUUCACUCCCAUUUCAAUACACAUACGAAAAUCUUUUUAAUUACCAUACAAUCACGUGACUUUCUUAAUAGGGUAAGUAACUAAAGAAACGAAGUCUAAAUUAAAACAAUUACGCCAUCUCUCCAUGUAACAGCGAACCUACAUGUCAAUUAUUAAACCGUAUUGCAGGAAAAUGUUGAAUACCAUUCACUACCAGUAUAAAGGUGGUAAUAUUUAGUUCACAUUUUGUCAGUUUGAAAAUAACCGACAGAAUUUUAGUCCGUGGUAGAUUAUUGCGAUUUUUAUUAUUAUCAGAAAAUUUUUCUUUGCGUGCAUUGUAUUGUUUAUUUCAAUUAUUUUUAUAAUUUUGGACAUAAUUAACUUCUAUGUAGUGCUUUCCUAUCCAGACGAAGAAUUGCUGGAUGUUAUGUCGAGCUUUGACUGUUAUUUUUUAACUGAAGAUGUUAGUAGAAAUUCUCAUCUCUAUAUACAUCUGUGAACUGAACAUGCUCUAUGAACUGGGAAAUGGAAAUUAUCAUCAAUAGCGGAGAAUGCAUAAUUUUAAUAAUUUGAAAUAUGUGCACAAAAUAAAUACUUAUCUAUAAAAUAAAAACGUCACUGCCAUAUAACGUAUUGUAGGCAGAUUUCCAUCUAGUAUCUAUAGCGAAAAAAUUUGUACGCGAUUAUAAAAAAAAUAUUUGUAGAGUUUGUGAUUGAUUCUUUUUCUAGAAUUUGUAAUUUUUCAUAAUAUCCUAACCGCUUAAGAUGGUCUGAUCUCUGUACAUUUUAAAACAUGUAUAUAGUAGGAACAACUGAAAAAAAAUCGUGAAUCGUUUCAAACUAUUUAAUUUGCACUUAAUUGUUAUAUGUACAGUAUUUGUUUUAUUUAUUAUGUUAAUUGCCAUGCAAACAUUUCCGGGUAUAUAAAAAAAAAUUGUAAUCGAUUGUUUCUACAUAUAAUAUAUCGUUUUUGUUAUGAAAUAUUUAUUAUAAAUGUUUUUUGUGUAUAUAUUAUCGACAUUGCAUGAUAGAAAGUUCUGCUAUUUAAAUAUUUGUAUGGCAAUAAAAACGAAUAUCUUUGAAAGUGUAUCUAACGAUAUGGACGUUCCAUACACGCUUCUUCCAAUUACUUACCUCUAGGCCCUUGUCCAGAACCAGCUGAGAAUCGUUCGUUUUAUAGAAUAUCGACCUAAAUUCAUACAUGCCCAGAAAACAAAAUAUAAAAAGUUGAAAUUUUUAGAUUAUAAUUUUUGCUUUCAGGUUAUGGCUCAAAAAUUGUUGCUAAAUGAUUCGUGGAAAUAUUUUAAAGAUCUUAUAGUCCUUUCCUUCAUUGUGAAAAGCAAUAAAAAUAAGAUCAAUCUUCAUAAAAUAUAACAUUUUUUUAAUAAUAUAGAAUAAAUACUAUUUCACCUUAUUUUUGGUCAUGAUAAAUUAAAAAUUAAUGUUUUUAAGUUAGGUUAGAAUCCAUUUAAGCUUCAUGCAUUCUUUGUAAUAAUACGUGAAUUUCAAAAUUAUUUAAUUAGUGUAUAAUUUGAUUUUCAAACUCUUUGAUAAUUUGAAAAAAUUGUUUAAACAAUUAUAUUUAAUUGUUGUUUUUUUUUUCAAAUUGUUCGUUCUUGUUAUGUACGUUGUUUUAUUUUUUCAUUAGUCAAAAAAGUGCUGAAAUUUUGGUUUUCGGAAUUAGACCUGAUAUUGAAUUAAGUGCGUCAAAAAAUGGACAAAAUGAGAAUAAAAUUAUUGAAAAUUUCAAUUUUUACUAUUUUUCUCUACCAAAAAUAGGGUGUUUAUUUAUAUUUACAAAUUUACAAUUUACAAAUUCAUAUUUUAUAAUAACCAAGUAGAAUUAACUUCUACUUAACUAUAAUUUCGAUUUCUUCACUAAAUAUUUUAUUUUAUAUAUUCUAUAUAAAAAAAUUGGUUUUAAAUAUUAUGGUAUGUAUAUGUGGGAUAAUAUUCUAAUUGUACAUAUAAAUAUUAUAAAAAAUGGAACGUCUGCUUAGCACUAUGUAAUAAACAAUUGUAUAAUUAUAAUCUCGUAAAGCAAAACGAACAACAAAUAACUAAUUAACUCCAAUAAAUUAUAUACCAGGAAUAUAACUAAAAUGCUGUCGGUUACGCCAUCUUUACAGCAAAUUCUAAACGUCAAUUAUUUCUCCGUACCGCAGGAAACUGUAACGAAAGGAAUAGUGGCCAUUGUUGUUCGUGCUUUUGUGUAUAUUUAGUUUCCGGUUCGAGGGUUAAUGCACCAUUGAAUGAAGUGUUAACGUUAUUAUGAAUCCCUCAUUUUGUAAUCCCCAAACAAAUCUCUAAAUGAUCGAAACUGAAAACCUAUUUGAAAUUAUAAAAUUUGAGUUAUAAACAUUCCCUAUAAAGAAAUUGGUUUUGUUAUUCGUUUUGUCUUGUGGAUGUUUGAAAUUGUGCAAAAACUAAACGUGAAUCCCAAAUAAUUUUUUGCAUUUUUGUACUUACUUUGCGGUGCUAGAGAGCAGUCAUUAGGUUUUGAUGUUGAAUGCAUACACAAAUUAAAAGAGGUACCAAGGUCAUAUUAGUACGGUGGAUAGAGGAAAAUUAGAAAAAAUGUUUUUACAUUUAGGUAAAAUUUGAUUCAUUCAGAUUAUAAUUUGAAUUGAAUGAAAAAUGGCGAUAGGAGUUUCCAUAGUGUUAAGGAUAAAAAACGAAUUUACCAAAAGUGAAAAUGUUCUCCAUAUAAUGAAGACAAUACAUAACCUAUAUUUUAUAUAUUCAUUAGUUCUGUGACAUUCUUUUAGAUAUGCAAAAAAUAAGUUAGUGGGAACUGAAUUUGAGUAAAAAUUCCGUUUUACAAAUGUCAGAUGGGGGUAAAACCUUUUGUAACAACUUUUUAAAAGUCCCUAUAUAGUUAUCUACGUUUCAAUAUCGAGCAGUGAUGCGUACAAUCCAGAUCUUUAUUUUUACCUCUUAUGAUAUAUCAUACUCAUGAAUAUAACAUAUUAAAAUGAAAAUAUAAUAAAAAAUAUCAUAUCUAGAAUACAGUAAGAAAUAAAAAUAGAUAGGUUCUGUAUUUGCACCGCCAUCUGUCAAUCAUAUUAUAAAUUUAUCGAAAUAAAAGUGAAUAGAGAAGUUAUCGCCAUCUGUAGGUAAGAAAGCUGAUGUAAAUAAAGGGAUCUGUAACGUUUCUCCAAUGACGUAAAAAUAAACAUUUAUGUAAAUUUAGCAAGAAACAUUGAAUAAAUAAUUUUGGCUAUUUUUCCACUAUCUACAAAAUAUAUUUGGUCGGUAUCUUCUCGCCUAAAGUAGUAAAUGUGGCUAAAUAAAUUAAACAAAAAAAUGUAUAUUUAUUAUGUUAGAGACUGUGUGCUGUGGAGAGAGAUACUCUAGUCAAUUUUAAGUUUAGUCAAUUUUAGAGAUGAGUAGUUGAAUUUAUUAUUAUUAGAUUAUGCAAGCACUGGGUAAAAAAGAAUUUAACAACUAAGAACGAAUAUAUACAAUGUAUCUAUAGGAGAAGUAAUCACGAAAAUUUCCGAUACAAUUGUUUAGAAAUGACAUUAACAGUUGUUUUUUUAAACAAAUACAUUAAUUUCUUGAAACAAAAUGGUCGAAAUUGUAUGUAACAACAUGUUACAGUUAAAUUGUGAAUUAACUUGUUUUAGGUUAUGUAAUAUCAUUUUUUAUUUAGUAUAAAAAGUAUAAAUUAACUAUUCAAAUUAUUUUGUCAUCAUAACAACAUUAUAUACAAGUAAGAAAUUCGUUAUUUAAAAAUUAAUUAUAUAAUUCCAUUUACCCAAUUCUUCUGAUUAAAUACUAGGGAAAUAUUUAACAUUUCACCGACCUUGAAUCGUUUAAAAGAAGAAGAGGGAACGUUUGUAAUAUGUUACAAUAUUGUUAGUCCAGGAGCUGGCGCUCUAAAAGUUUCAAAUAAUUGUCUGCAAUAUGUGAUAAAAAAUUUCGUUCUUAUUUAGAUAAAAAUUCAAUUUUUUUAGCCAGAAAAACAGACAAACCUUGAUGAGGGAUAAUAUUUAAUACUGCAACUGAUCUUGAUUUGUAUAAAAGAAUAUGGAAAGCUGGUAAUUAGUUACAAUACCCUUAGUUCAGGAGCUGGCGCUCUAAAUAGUUGUCUGUAAUAUAUUUGAUAGGCAAUUUCGUUCUUUAUAAGAAAAAAACGCUUCAAUCAAAUCAGAAAAUAAGACAAAUUUUGAUGAGGGAUAAUACUCAGUAGUGCAAAUGACCUUGAUUUGCUUGAAACAAAAGGGAACACUGAUAAUAUGUUAUAAUACUGUUAGUUCAGGAGCUAACUCUCCAAAUAGUUGUCUGCAAUAUAUUUGAGAGGUAAUUUCGUUAUUUUUCAGGAAAAAAAUGUGAAAAUCAAUUGUUUAGACGGAAAGGCAGGCAAUUUCAAUCUCUUUCAUAAAUAAAUGCGUUAAUCAAAUUUUUUAGCCUGAUAUUCUUAAGACAAUUUUGAUGAGGGAUAAUAUUUAAUACUGCAAAUGACCUUGACUUCUUUGAAAGAAUAGGAAAAGCUAGUAAUUUAUUACAAUACUGUUAGUACAAGAGCUGGCGCACUAAAUAGUUGUCUCCAAUAUAUUUGAUAGGCAUUUUUGUUCUUUUUUAGAAAAAAAAAAGGAGAGUUGUAUAAAGGCUCAGGAGUAUCUUUGAAGCUAAAGAAAUUUAAUGUAUCUAAUUAAAUAAGGCUUUCUUAGAUCUUCAUAAUCGGUUGUACCGAAGUUCUUUUCAUUUGGACAGCUCCUGGACUAUAUAAUGAAAAAAAUAUGUAAUAAAAUUAGGAAACCAGUUAUUUGUCACAAAAUAAUGUAUAAAUACUAUCUAGAAAUUAUUCGUUUUUGGUUGUUGAAGUUCUAUACGAAAAUUUGAUCAUAUUAAAAAAAAUUGCGUAUGUAAAAAUGUUGUAUGCACAUAUCAUUAUAGAAUUUAUACUUUCCUAUACAUGACGGCUGAAGUGUGUACAAUAAUAACGUAAAACCUUGACCAUUUAUUAUAUAUUUAUCUAGCUAAAAGUAAUUGUAUAAUAUUGGAAACAUGUUUGGCAACAAACAAUUUAUUGCUUUGAAUUCCUCUAGCUGUAUACACACACACACACACACACCCACACACACACAUACACACACACACACUAAUUCAUACAUAUCCCGUACAGAAGCAUCAGAGACCCGAAAAAUUUUUCUUUAACCACUCAUGUCAUUCGAUGGGGUCAGUCUUCUUGUUGCUCUUUUGUACUUUCUAUUUCCUAUUUCUUUUCUUUAUUCAGUUUCGAUGUUUCUGUUGGCAGUCAUGGGAGGAGUUUUCCAGCAACAACUCCCCUUUGAACCAGUCAAAGAGGCCCCAAAACUACUCUAACAAGUGAAAGGUCAUUUCCUGCCAUAAAAAUACAUCAAUUGAGUUCUGGCUUUACUCAAUGAUUGUUAUCACACCAAUUGAUGUACUGAAUGAGUUUUAUUUGGAGCCACAUAGAAUGAACUUUGUUUUAUAGCAGGAAAGAUGACAGGUGGUUUUAACUGCCAGGAAAAUGAACACUAAUAGUGAAAAGAACAUUUUGGUAUUAACUAGUUACUAUUAUUUAUUCUUUACUGAUAGUGAGAGUGGAAAGAGCGCCAAAAUCUAUGGUAAAUCCCCUCAUUUCAGAAUCCUGGCUAUUGCUUGUUAGGUGUAUGUUUUCCGCAUCCUCUAGAAGAGGCGGAUUCCUAGAAAAACUAUAUUCUAAAAUGACCUUGAAACGUAAUAUGUUUUUUUGUUUUUAUUUUCCACACAGCUAGUUGUGAUCCACUUUGGAUGCCUGGAUUUUGAAGCCAUCACUCACCAGAUUCUAUAGGACUCUCUAGCACUCCACUCCUAGUCUAGAGCACGCCUUUUCAGCCGUUAUAGCAGCUCACCAAGCAAUGCUUAUUUUGUGGUGUCCUCCGCAGAAACCUGCUCUGACCAAGCCAUUCCUCCUGGAGCCAUCUGUAUACCAGCUGGCUCCAUCUGCUCUAUCAAUUUCUGUCAAUCUCAGAACAAUAUAAAAAUUUUGAGGGGUUAUUGUUUUCAUUAAUUGUUACCAUAUUUUCAACCACUUCUUAUUCUUUGCCAUAUAAGUUUCUGCCUUUAAUUGCUUUUUCAACUUUUUCUGUAAUUUCGUCUGGAAUUUCUAAGUCUUGUUACAUUUUUGAUUUCCGACUUUUAUAUCCUCAUCUGUCCUUAUAUCUACGAAUCUUCCAUUGUUCGAGACAAUGCAGGAAGUCUUUUUCUGUCUGUUUUCAGAAUUUUCAACAGACUCAAAUUUUGUUUCUUUUAUUGCAGUUUGAUUCGUCACACGUUAUCACCUUGAGUUAAUUGUUGACUGACUCCGUUGGCAGCUAGAGAUUCGUUUUAUGUACUAUCAUCACAUUCUUGAAUCUUAGUUUCCUCGAAAUCUCUACUAUACCGUAAACCAACAAAAAGACCUUCUUAGAAAUUGUCACGAAAACAUAAACGUGUGGAUUGGUCACAAAAAAUAAGCAAGAAAUACCCCGCGCGUCCACCAAACUUUAGCUUCGACAACUUAUUCGAACAGGACCGGUUUCACGGUCUAUAUUGGUGGACGAGUCCGGAAUAGUAUUAUGAAUAGAGUCAAAUAUUUCCAAAACUGUUUUAAAUUAAAAAUUUAUUGACUAUUUUAAUAUUCCAAUUUAAAGUUUCCAAUAUUUUACAAUGUUAAUUUAUAUCAAUUCCUUCCCCUGUAUAGACUAUUAAAUUGUUAUGUAUACAUAUUUUUUUUUUCAAUAUUAUCACAAAAUUUUAUUCAGUUCCCAUUUUAACAAAAUCUGAGUUUUUUUUUGUAUAAAUAUUUUUCAAUUGCUCGUAACGAAAAGUAAACAUGCGAGAAAAGUUUUUUUUCAUACCAUAGAAUGAAAAUUAUCAAAUUUUGACGAAGUAUUUGGAUGGCAACAGAAUUUAAUUUAUUUUAAAUACUAAAUGGUGUGUAAAUAUUCACUUGACACUGUCCUGACCCAUCCACUAUGCCAUCAAAUUGUUGAAUAACGGCUGCUAGACGCUUUAUAUAUAAAACCACCUUCUCGAACAUUCGAAUUCUUGAAAUCUCGUGAUAGCCUCUUUAAUUUCGAUAAAAUGAUAAUAUGUUUACUUGGAUGAGUUGAUUCAACGCCAAGAGGGUUGCCUUUUCAAUUUUUACAAAGUGAAAGUGCAAUGAACAGGUUAGAAACAAAGUAUUUCUUUUCGAAAUAUUCACCAUUAAGGUCUAUACAUUUUUGCACAGGCUCCAACCAAAAUUUUCCACUCUGAAGCUUAUAUCGUAGAAACAUGGUUUUGAAAAACAAUAAUACGGGCGAUGAUUUGAUUUCUCACAUUUAAAUGUAUAAAAUUGAUUGUAUUGCAGUCUACAAUAUCCUUAGAGACUUUUGUAUCUAUCUGUUAAUUACAUCUUGUUAAUUAAAGCCUUUUCUUUAUUUAAAAAAAUAAGCCUUGACUGUUGAUUUCCAUUUUUACACACAUAAGCUUCUUUUAAACGUUCGCCAUCAACAACUACUUAAGUCAAGUGGUUUGGAAAUAACAAAAAUCAAUGUUCAUAAAUACAGUGAUGCCACGUCGUCAUUAACGCCACAUUUUGCUCGGUUGUAAAAACUUGAACGGCAACUCUCGUAUAAGGACAUGACCGGCUUCACGGUCUAUGUAGAGACCAAAUAUCAAACCUGUAUUUUUUAAUAUAAGUUCAAAUUAACAUACAUUUGAAAUGUGUAUAAACAAUAGUUGAUACGUCAGAUUAUUAUCCCAGGAAACGUUUGCUGGCAUAUUUAAAUCCACUUUAUCUUUUUUAAUGUUAGAUGAAUUAUUCAUUUGAAUUCUGAGCUUCCAAACUAAAUUAGAAUAUGACAGAUGUCAAAAUAAAAUUAUUUAGAAUCUUCUCGUAAUAGAUUUCGGUUGAAUUUCAUUACUUUUUUCAACAAACUUUGGAUAUCCUUGAAGCAUUUAAUUUACGGCUUGGAAUAUCCAGCAAUUUUUAAAAGACAAUAAUCACAAAAGAUGUGAAGUAUAAAAGUAAAUAUGAUUAAAAAAUUAAUUUUGUUUAGUAGUAAAAUUUUGUGAAAAUAUUUCUUGAAAAUAUAAAAAGAUAUAGAUGUUAAAAAUGUCAGUAUUUAAGAUAGCUUUUCAAAUGGCUAGACCCUCCUAAUAUGUACUUGAAAUUACGAAUAAAAUAUUCAGUUGAGAGAUAA